AUGCCACUCGAUUCUGGGUCCUUGGCCGCGCUGGCCGUGCUGGCCGCGGUCGCGACGCUUGUCGGGCGAUCGCAGGCGCAGCUGGACGUCCUGAAUCAGAUCAACAGCUCGAUAUGCACCUGGGGCCAGCUCAGAGCGGCCGUUAUUCGCGAUACCGUCUAUCUGGACGGCGGGAACCUGGUUUAUCAGAGAGGCUUCUCCAACGGACAGGUCCAAGUAGACAACAACGACAAUGCCGAAGGUCUCCUUUACACCCUCGAUCUCUCCCAAUCCUUCAACACCGAGAACGACAAUCUCACUGCGCUCUUCGAUACUUUCGAAAAGGCGGGCGGCAUUGCGGGCAACAUCGCGCCUACCUACCACGAUGGGUUCAUGUUCGCCAACGACAACUUGUUCUAUCUCUAUGGGGGUCUUCUUGAUAACACUGACGAUUUCGAUGACCCUGCCGAGAAUACUGCCCUGGCCUACCAGGCGUACCAGUACGGAGGCCAACGGCCCGGGUGGGAGCCCCGGUUCAUCAGCAUAAAUCUGCCCGACGGGGUCACUCGCUAUAUCACCAACGGUGCAGGCGUGAACGCGCCGAGCGAGAAUAUGGGUUGGUACAUCAGCGGGAUGCGCGCCCCGGGUUGGGGUCCUAUGUGGGACAACGAGACUGCGACCAACGUGUCGCAGCGCAUGAUCACGGUGGACAUGUCGGAUAUGGAGAAACCUGUGUUUGAGAAUGUUUCCUUGCACAGUGAUGAUGUACCGGGACGGGCUAAUGCUGAAGCCGUAUGGCUCCCCGUGGCGGAGUCCGGGGUCAUUGUGCUCAUAGGAGGCGUCACCGAGCCAGACACCAUCUUUGCCGCCGGACUGAGCGAUGAGCAGAUGGAAAAGAGUGAGCGUGAGAGUCCGGCCUUGAUGAAGACGGUCUCAGUGUACGAUGUGGCAGGCGACCGCUGGUACAACCAAAAUACCACGGGCGACAUCCCCCCGCAACUCACCCAGUUUUGCUCCGUCUACGCGAGUGCCUCCGAUGGCUCUUCCCACAAUAUUUACAUAUACGGCGGAUAUGACGGCCUUGGCGCCCUUAACCAGCCCUCAGACGAUGUCUAUGUCCUUUCUGUCCCGUCCUUUGAGUGGAUCCAGCUCUACGACGGAAAUGGAACCGCUAACGGGCGCAAGGAACACAAAUGCGUCAAGCCGUAUCCAGACAAGAUGCUGGUCCUUGGAGGCAUUCAUAUAGGCAGCAGCUCUUGCAUUCCAGACAUAAUCCGGGUCUUCAACCUAAACACGGGCCGGUUCCAGGAUACGUACAAUCCAAGGGACUGGGACGAUUACAAAGUGCCCGACCUUGUCGCGGGCCGGAUAGGCGGAGACGCGGACGGUGGAGCAACGAAAACAGCACCUGAUUCAUGGACUACCACUGCCCUGGCCGAUGUCUUUGCAGCCUCAUAUACCCGUACGAUCGAAACUUAUUACCCCUACAACAGCACGAACGACAACAUCACCACGACCACUGUCCCAUCCAGCGGCGGUGGUGGCAGCAGCUUCCCCGGCUGGGCCGGCGCAGGUGCCUUUGUCUUCUGGUUCCUCCGGCGUCGCAAGCGAAAGCAAUCCCGACGAGGAAGUGAGAUAUCUCAGAGCUCGCGUGUCAAGAAAUGGGUCAGCAGUGCAGGUGCUUUUGCGCCGCCAGGCCCCACGGACCCAGACAGGUCUACUAUUGUAUCGGGUGGAUUCACGAAUGAAAGCACGGUUGCACCGUCUGAACAGCCGGUCGCUGCAUCUCAGGCUACGGCUGAGGUGGCAGGGGAUCCGGUCUACGAGGUGCAUGGCCACAGCGCAGCUCAGACCGCGGCCGUCGAACUCCCAACCUCAUACAACGAAGGGAGCCUGCCGGUCUCGUCACCGACUAUGAGCGUUGCGAUGAGCUUCAACUCCCCGAUAUCGCCGGAAGUUCCGCAGGAGAAAGAAGGCGACGCACCGAUGCGGCCAUCCCAUACCCGCAACGUGUCGAGCUUGUCGAGCGUACAGUCAUACACGCCCACAAUCGAUGACGGCAGUCUGCAACGACCGCGGUACGUGUCCGGGGUGUCAGAGGCGAGCGUCAGCUCAGCGGGGACCCGAAUUGAGAGUACGACAGGGUACAGAGGUCUGGGACUGGAGGAUAUCCCGGACACGGAGGGACAGAACGCGACGGGUGCGACGAGUUCAGAUCCCAAUCGGAAUGCGACGUUGAAUAAUGAUUCGAAUAAUUCAUGACGAGAUUUUGUAUUGAUGUAUUUAACGCAUGCAUUUAGUAAUAA